AGUGAAAACUAACUGAGUUCGAGCAGAGCGGUGGAUGUGUGAGAGUUGGAUCGGUUUAGCGGGUUGUGUUAUUAGUCAGAAAAACAAGCAAAAUGUCGGAGAACGGGGUGGAAAGUACUGGAGAUGCGACUCUGGAUGAUGCUGUUCGACAGUGGUUAGAGUUUGAUAAGAACAGCAAGACGGCAGCGAGCGUACGAGAGAUGGUGAAGACAGGAAACUUCGAAGAGCUGCGCAAAUGUUUUGGCACCCGGAUGGAGUUCGGGACGGCGGGGUUGAGGGCGGCCAUGGGGCCCGGCGUGUCGCACAUGAACGACCUCACCAUCAUACAGACCACCCAGGGGUUCUGUCGCUAUCUGGAGCAGCAUUUCGAGGAUCUGAAGCAGCGUGGUGUGGUGAUCGGGUUCGACGCACGCCAGCACGCGCCCAGCGGCAGCAGCAGCAAGCGCUUUGCUUCCCUGGCCGCGGCUGUGUUCGUCAGCCGAGGAGUUCCUGUUCACCUCUUCUCCGUCUUCACUCCUACACCGUAUGUGCCGUUCACGGUGUCUCAUCUGGGUCUCUGUGCUGGUAUUAUGGUGACGGCCUCCCACAACCCCAAACAGGACAACGGGUACAAGGUGUACUGGGAGAACGGCGCUCAGAUCAUCUCCCCCCAUGACAAAGGUAUCGCGUCAGCUAUAGAGGAAAACUUGGAGCCAUGGGCGGAGUCAUGGGACACGGACACUGCCUCCCAGAAUGCACUGCUCAAAGACCCGUAUCAGGAUAUACACCGAGAAUACCUGCAGUCUGUUCAGCAGCACUGCUUCCACAGAGAGCUGAACAAGAGUUCAGAGGUGAAGAUCGUACACACCUCGGUGCACGGCGUGGGUCACGUGUUCGUCCAGGCCGCUUUUAAAGCUUUCGACCUUCGACCUCCGUAUGCCGUCGAGGAGCAGAAGGAUCCCGAUCCGGAGUUCCCAACGGUGAUGUACCCCAACCCUGAGGAAGGAGCAGGAGUGCUGAACUUGUCUUUUGCGUUAGCGGACCGAGAGGGAGCGACUGUGGUUCUGGCCAACGACCCAGAUGCGGACCGGCUGGCCAUGGCUGAGAAACAGCUGAGUGGUGAGUGGAGGGUGUUCACGGGGAACGAGCUCGGCGCGCUGCUCGGCUGGUGGAUGUUUCACUGCUGGAAGGAGAAUCAGGGGGAGAAGUUCAAGUCCUCGGUGAAGGAUGUGUACAUGCUGGCGAGCACCGUCUCCUCGAAGAUCCUACGCGCCAUCGCGCUGAAACAGGGCUUUCACUUUGAGGAGACUCUGACUGGCUUUAAGUGGAUGGGGAAUAGAGCGAGGCAGCUGCUGGAUCAGGGAAAGACCGUCUUGUUCGCCUUCGAGGAGGCCAUCGGGUACAUGUGCAGCCCAGCAGUGUUGGAUAAGGAUGGCGUGAGUGCGGCAGCCAUCGCCGGAGAGAUGAUCUCAUACCUGGCCUCCAAAAACACCUCCAUCUCACAGCAACUUAAAGCCAUUUACGAUGAGUACGGCUACCACAUCACCAAGAACUCGUACUUCAUCUGCCACAACCAGGACACCAUCAGGCAGCUGUUUGAGCGUCUGAGGAACUACAAUGGCGAGAACACAUACCCUAAAGAGUGCCACGGCUUCGCCGUCAGCACCGUCCGCGACCUCACUACAGGCUACGACAGCAACCAGCCCGAUCUCAAAGCCAUCCUUCCUACCAGUAAGAGCAGUCAGAUGAUCACCUUCACCUUUGCUAAUGGAGGCGUGGCCACCAUGCGGACAAGCGGGACCGAGCCCAAGAUCAAGUACUACACGGAGCUGUGUGCUGCUCCAGGGAACAGUGAUGUGACUCAGUUGAAAAGUGAGUUGAACAGCCUGGUGGACGCCAUUGUGGAGAAUUUCUUCCAGCCCGUGAAGAACAACCUGACCCCCAAAAAGGAGUCGGGUUAAAGGCAGGGCGAGCAGAAAUGCUGAGCCGGUCUGCUGCUGCCUCAAACAAUCCUGACACCAUGCUUUCCAGUUUCACACGCUUCCAAAUUCCCUCACCCCACACACACGCACACACACACACACACACACACACACACACACAGAGAGAGAGCCUCUAUUCAGUCUGUAUUCACUUGACAGAUUGCGUUCAGAGGCUCUGAAACCAUGCUUAGAAUGAAUGAAUGAAUGUAACAGUACAGUAAUCCUAGAUCAGCACUUUUUAUUCUGAGAAAUAUCUUAAUUGUCCACGUGAUCCACGGCCACCUGACGUGAAUUAGCAAAGCUGUGAAUAUCCUCAAAAACACACUCAUCACUUAUCGUUAACUGAGACGUGCUUUCUGUCCUUAGGUUGAUUUUCACUUUUCGAGUUAGCACUGGAUCUCUAAAACAAAUCUUGAAGCACUUGGUGGAGGAUAUAAGCUUUCGUUAUUUGUUAGCAGCAUUAGCAUCAAAGCACCAGUACAAACCUUGAACACGUCUUAAUGGGGACGAAUAAAAUAUUUUCAUCAAA